AUGGUCAAGUCAAUUGCUGGUUCCAAGGUCCUUCUGUUGGGCUCGGGCUUCGUCACCAAGCCCACCGUCGAGGUUCUGAGCAAGGCCGAUGUCCAGGUCACUGUCGCCUGCCGUACCCUGCAGAGUGCCCAGGCGCUGUGCGGGAGCUUCAAGAACACCAAGGCCAUCUCCUUGGAUGUCAACGAUGAUGCCGCUCUGGACAAGGCCAUGGAGCAGGUCGAUCUGGUCAUCUCGUUGAUCCCUUACACUUUCCACGCCACUGUCAUCAAGUCGGCUAUCCGCACCAAGAAGCAUGUCGUUACCACCUCCUACGUUUCGCCCGCCAUGGAGGAGCUCGACGAGGAAUGCAAGAAGGCCGGCAUCACCGUCAUGAACGAGAUUGGCCUGGAUCCCGGUAUUGAUCACCUCUACGCCGUCAAGACCAUCACUGAGGUCCACGCCGCCGGCGGCAAGGUCACUGGCUUCAUCUCCUUCUGCGGUGGCCUCCCCGCCCCCGAGGCUUCCAACAACCCUCUGGGCUACAAGUUCUCGUGGUCCAGCCGCGGUGUGCUGCUUGCCCUGCGCAACGCCGCCAAGAUCUACCAGGACGGCAAGGUCGUCAGCAUCGACGGCCCCGAUUUGAUGGCCAACGCCAAGCCGUACUUUAUCUACCCCGGCUUCGCCUUCGUCGGCUACCCCAACCGUGACUCGACUCCCUUCCGUGAGCGCUACGAGAUUCCUGAGGCCCAGACCGUCAUCCGCGGCACCCUGCGCUACCAGGGCUUCCCCGAGAUGAUCAAGGUCCUCGUGGACACCGGCUUCCUGAAGGACGAGCCCAACGCCGUCUUCGACAGCGCCAUUCCCUGGAAGGAGGCCACCCGCCAGCUGCUGGGCGCGACCUCCUCGUCCGAGAAGGACCUCGCCUGGGCCGUGCAGAGCAAGACCGCCUUCCCCAGCAACGAGGAGCGCGACCGCCUCCUGGCCGGUCUGCGCUGGAUCGGCCUCUUCUCUGACGAAGCGAUCAACCCCCGCGGCAACGCGCUCGACACCCUCUGCGCUACCCUCGAGAAGAAGAUGCAGUACGAGGCCGGCGAGCGCGACAUGGUCAUGCUCCAGCACAAGUUCGAGAUCGAGAACAAGGACGGCUCCAAGGAGACCCGCACCUCCACUCUGUGCGAGUACGGUAACCCUUCCGGCUAUUCUGCUAUGGCUAAGCUGGUCGGUGUGCCCUGCGGUGUUGCUGUCAAGCAGGUUCUCGAGGGCACCAUCUCCCAGAAGGGCGUUCUUGCCCCCAUGACCAUGGAGAUCUGUGCGCCGCUCCUGAAGACUCUGAAGGAGGAGUAUGGUAUUGAGAUGGAGGAGCGCACUCUGUAA